AUUAUGAGAUAUCUAAAAUAAUAUUUCAGCCUUACAAGUUACAAACACAACACAAGCAAAUCCACCGCUCUUAUUCUUCUUCUUCAACCUUUUUCUUUCAUUGUCUGCUCAAACACCCUUUUGUUUCUAUCUCUGUAUAUAUGUAAACGAUCCAAAGGAUUGUAGCGCUCACAAACUCAGACCUUGUUUGAUUGAGAUAUGACUCGAAAGGUGAGGAGAAAGUUGUCACAUUUGGAAAAAAAUAAGGAUAUUGUGGACAGCAAUUCAGAGACUUCAGAUGGUGGAUGUUUGAAUUUGAAAACUAUCAGUGACCUUGAUUGGACAGCCUUGCCUGAUGACACAGCUAUUCAACUCUUUUCUUAUUUGAAUUAUCGAGACCAAGCUAGCCUGUCAUCAACAUGUCGAACAUUUAGAUUAAUAGGUUCCUCUCCUUGCUUAUGGGAAUCACUCGACUUGCGGUCCCACAAGUUUGAUAUUGAGGCAGCAGCGUCACUUUCUUCUCGAUCCAAAAAUCUCCGGAAGCUUAGGUUUCGUGGGGCAGAGUCUGCUGAUGCAGUAAUCCAACUUCAAGCAAGGGGGCUUCGUGAAAUCAGUGGUGACUUCUGUAGGGAUAUCACAGAUGCUACAGUUUCAGUCAUAGCAGCACGGCAUGAGAUGCUUGAGAGUCUCCAACUCGGGCCAAAUGCAUGUGAACGAAUCAGCAGUGAUGCCAUCAAAGCAGUAGCCCUCUGCUGCCCCAACUUGAAAAGGCUUCAGCUUUCAGGUGUUAGAGAAGUUAGAAUAGAUGCUAUAAAUGCUCUGGCUAGGCACUGUGGGCAGCUAUUGGAGGUUGCAUUCAUGGAAUCAGAUUUUGUUGAUGAAGUGGCAUUGGGGAACCUGGCUUCUGUUCAAUUUCUAUCCAUUGCUGGAACAAGAAAUGUGAAAUGGGGUUUGGCCUCGCAAGUUUGGAGUAACCUACCCAAGUUGGUGGGAUUAGAUGUGUCGAGAACAGAUAUAAGUUUGAGUUCUGUCAGGAAAUUUUUGUCAUUGUCCAAAAACUUAAAAGUUUUAUUUGCCUUCAACUGCCCGGUUUUUGAAGCUGAAGUUGAUAAUGACAUGGUAUAUGUUUGUAAGGGUAAAAUAUUACUGACUGUUUUUAAUGAUAUUUUCAAGGCAGUAGCCUCGCUAUUUGUCGAUACUACUAAAAAUGGGAGUAAUGCGGUUGCUUGUUGGAGAAAAUUAAAGAUCAGGGGUAGGAGCUUGGAUGAGAAGGUCGUAUGGAUUGAAUGGGUACUCUCGCAUUCACUUUUACGUAUUGCAGAGAACAAUCCAAAGGAGCUUGAUGUUUUCUGGCUCAAGCAAGGGGCAAAAUUAUUGCUUCAUUUAUUGCAAAGUUCAGAAGAAGAUGUGCAAGAAAGAGCAGCUACUGCAAUUGCAACUUUUGUUGUCAUUGAUGAUGAAAAUGCCACCAUUGAUUCUCGAAGGGCCGAGGCAAUUGUUCAGAAUGGUGGCAUACAGUUGCUUUUGGACCAUGCAAGAUCUUGUCAAGAGGGACUUCAGUCUGAAGCAGCAAAGGCUAUAGCAAAUUUAUCUGUUGAUUCAAAAGUAGCAAAGGCUGUUGCCGAAAUUGGAGGAAUUAAGAUCCUUGCCAAUUUAGCCAGGUCAAUGAACAGAUUGGUUGCUGAAGAGGCUGCUGGGGGCUUAUGGAAUCUUUCUGUUGGAGAAGAGCACAAGGGUGCCAUCGCUGAAGCUGGUGGUAUAAAAGCUUUGGUUGACCUUAUUUUCAAAUGGCCGUCUAGCAGUGAUGGAGUUGUUGAGCGUGCAGCUGGGGCGCUGGCAAAUUUGGCGGCUGAUGACAAAUGCAGCAUGGAAGUCGCAGUGGCAGGUGGUGUCCAUGCUCUGGUGAUGCUUGCUAGAUCCUGCAAGUUUGAAGGAGUUCAAGAGCAGGCUGCCCGUGCAUUGGCAAAUUUGGCUGCUCAUGGAGAUAGCAAUAGCAAUAACGCUGCUGUUGGGCAAGAGGCUGGUGCACUAGAAGCAUUGGUCCAACUUACUUGUUCUCAACAUGAAGGUGUAAGGCAUGAGGCUGCUGGUGCUCUGUGGAAUUUAUCAUUUGAUGACAAAAAUCGGGAAGCAAUAGCAGCAGCUGGUGGCAUUGUGGCCUUGGUCUCUCUUGCGCAAUCUUGCUCAAAUUCCUCCCAAGGUCUUCAAGAAAGGGCUGCAGGUGCUCUCUGGGGACUGUCAGUGUCUGAGGCUAACAGUGUUGCUAUUGGACAAGUAGGCGGUGUAGCUCCACUUAUUGUAUUAGCACGUUCAGAUGUUACAGAUGUCCAUGAGACUGCUGCUGGUGCUCUUUGGAAUCUGGCUUUUAAUCCUGGUAAUGCACUUCGCAUAGUGGAGGAUGGAGGAGUUCCUGCCCUUGUAUGUCUGUGUACUUCAUCACUAUCAAAAAUGGCACGUUUUAUGGCUGCAUUGGCAUUGGCAUACGUGUUUGAUGGAAGAAUGGAUGAAAUUGCACCAGUGGGUCCUGGGCCUUCAUUAGAGGGUGUUUUGAAGAGUGUGAACUUAGCUACAGUUAAAAGGAUAGCCCUGAAGCAUGUUGAAGCAUUUGUGCGUUCGUUUUCUGCUUCACAAACUUUUGCCACGGUGCUAGCAUCUUCAUCCCCAACUACUAUUACGCGAGUAGCAGAAGCAGCACGCAUACCAGAAGCUGGCCUUCUGAGAUGCAGUGCGGCAGAAAUCAAAAGAUUUGUUGCCAUGUUACGGAAUCAUUCUUCUAUACUUAAGGCCUGUUCUGCUUUUGCUCUUCUCCAGUUUACCAUGCCUGGAGGACGGCAUGCAGUUCACCACACAAGUCUGUUGCAAGAUGCAGGAGCCUCAAGGACCUUACGAGCUUUGGCAGCGGCGGCAUCAGCCCCUAUUGAAACUAAAGUUUUUGCAAAGAUCGUGCUUCGGAACCUUGAACACAAGCAUUUGUGACUAGCUCUGGAAAUAGUUUUAUGAUUUCGAAUCGCAUCGCCACCACAGUUGAUAGCAUUUUCAAACUUUUGCUUGCAUGUUAUAGAUUUCCAUUGAGGUAUUCUCGGAUGUAGCACAAAAUGAAAUGAAAGUUUUGUGGAAAAGCACUUUGGUUGAAUCUUGGGGAGUCGUGGAGGUGCAGAUACAGAGCAUUGCUCUAGCUGAUUGAGUGUUGGAAGCACUCAGAGAUUGGGAGACGGCUUGUGAUCACUCCACAGCCUGCCUGCAUUCAGCUCCAUUCAGGGUUAUCCUUACAUCACAUGUGGUCUAUUUCGCUCGCAUUGGAUGUAAAGGUUCAGGGAAAGUCGAGAAAAACUCUGUACAUGUUCAGUUUUGAGUUCCUCUUAUUGUAUUUCCAGUACCCUAUCUUUAGCAUCUACUUUUCUCUAACAUUAUUGACUCGCAUAAAUCAAAAUUAUAUUUGAACAUGCAUUAUAGAACA